AUGGCCCGCCCCUUCCCCUACACCUUCAUCGCCUGCCCCUGUGCCGACUCCCUCCCCGAUGCCCUCGACGACGACCAGACUCUCGACCCCCGAUCCCCCCGCUCCAACUUCUCUCUGUAUCCGCCGGAGCAGCUGCUCUACUGCGAGGACUGCCAUCAGAUCAAGUGUCCACGAUGCAUCACCGAAGAGAUUGUUUGCUGGUACUGUCCCAGCUGCCUGUUCGAGACUCCCAGCAGUAUGGUGCGGAGUGAAGCCAAUCGAUGUGCCCGCAAUUGCUUCAACUGUCCCGUCUGCUCCGCUCCCUUGGCUGUCAGCACUCUGGACAAUCAGCAGGGCCCCUGGGUGUUGGCCUGCUCCUAUUGCAUGUGGUCCACGCUGGAUGUCGGCCUGCAGUUCGACAAGCCCACCAAUCUCCGCGCCCAACUGGCCAAGAUCACCGACUUUACGCGACCACGGCAGUCCUCCCGCGUUGACCUCAAAUCUCCGCUGGCCACUUUUGCCUCCAUUGACGACCAAUUCGAUGCUGCGGCUGCGGCUGCUGCUUCUCCUCCUGCUGCCACUCCUGACUCCGACCCUCCUCAAACCCAUGACGCCCGUUUCACCGCCCUCAAGUCCUUCUACAAGAAUCAGUUAACCACCGUCUCCUCCUCCACCUCCGAUCCCGACUUCGGCUCCCCCGGCGCCCUACACCGCAUCAUGUCCCUCUACGCCUCGUCCAGUCGUUUCGCCCUCUUACCGGGGGCCGGCAAGAAACCCAAAUCUCGCCCCGCAGUCAUGCGCGAGGCGGUCGUUGCAAACGAAGGGUUGAAGGUCGCCAGCAACUCGCAUGCCGCCGACGACGCCGUGGUCCGGCGUCUAGUCGCCGACGAUGCGGGCUGGGAUGCCGUCGCCUCCCUCGAGCAGCGUCGCUUCCAGUCGCCCGAUGUCCGCCUCGUCGACGACCUUCUACCGCUGCCUGUGCUCCUGCGCACCAAACGGUCCAAGCGCUGCAAGUCGUGCAAGCAUAUCCUCGUCAAACCCGAGAUGAAGCCGCAGUCCACCCGCUUUCGUAUCCGUCUCAUCGCCCUGAGCUAUAUCCCUCUUCCCACGCUGCGACCAUUAAUGAUGCCCCCCACCGCCCCCAAUCUCGAAGCUUUGCCCCCGCUGAAACCGGUGCAGCUGCUGUUGACCUUGAAGAAUCACAUGUUUGACGCUGUGCGCGUCACCCUGGCCACGCCCGCCGUCACCCCUGGCCGCGUCGCCUCCAAAGUCACCAUCCUUUGUCCGCAGUUCGACCUCGGCGCUAACAGCGAUGCCUGGGAAGAAGCCCUACAAGGCGCCACCCCAGUCUCCGCCUCCACCUCUUCCACCACCACCGAUUCACGGCCCUCCCGAUCUGGCACCCUAGGCGCCGCAUCGACCGAGAAGGUCGCCGAGGCGGGCAAAGUAUGGGACAAGGGCCGAAACUGGACCACCGUCGUGCUCGAGGUCGUCCCGGGUCCGCUACCGGGCAGUUCGAUGAGGACGAGGGGGACCAUCCAAUCUAGUGUCCGGGAAGACCACGACGAGCACCAUGACAGUGACGAUGACAGUGACGAUGACAGUGACGACGAUGACGAUGACGAUGAUGGCAUGCCUGACACGAAGACCCUCGACUGGAGUGGACAGACGACCGACGCGUCCCAAAAGCUCCGCCCGGAUGAAGACGUGCUGGAGAUCCCGGUGUUUGUGCGCCUGGAAUGGGAAUCGGAAAAUCAGAUGGAUGAACAUGGGGUACCACCGAAUCCAGAGCCGGUGAAGCGGGAAUUGGCAUAUUGGAUGGUGUUGGGGGCAGGGAGGAUCGGGGGGAUCUCCGGGGAGUAA